AUGACCGCUUAUGAUGAUGACCACUGCUCUAGAAUUGUAAAACUAGAUGUUGGUGGAAAGAUAUUCAAGACUUCAAUUUCUACAUUGACUAAACAUGAUUCAAUGCUGAAAACAAUGUUUGUUACCAGAAUUCCAGUCAAAAAAGACGACGAAGGAUGCAUUUUUAUUGACAGAGACUCUCAACAUUUUCGAUUGAUUUUGAACUUCUUGAGAGAUGGCCAAAUGGCAUUACCAGAUUCUGAUCGUGAAGUGAAAGAAGUUCUCGCUGAAGCUAGAUAUUUCUUAUUGGACCCACUUAUUGAGUUAUGCGAAGAGCGAUUGGAAACAUCAAUUAGUCCGUAUUAUCACGUUGUUUCUACAGUUUUGGAAGCGAGGAAGUAUAUUUUCGCCACUGAAAAACCAGUCGUUGUGCUGCGACUUCCAGUUUAUAUUGCAACGAAUGGAAGUCAAUGCUACUAUUUCAGUGAAACAAAGUUCAGAGAAUUCGCAGAACUCCAUCAUAAACUUGUUUCAUUUGUUUUAAUAACUGAGCCAGAAUUCAACGAGGAUUGUUCUUGGACUUUCUUUUUAAAAACUAAGAAGAUUACAGCUCGAGUAAAGGGUCCAGCAGAUAAUAACUUGUUGGAGGAUUGUUUCACACAAUUAUUGGAAGAUGUCAAAGAAAGACGACGAGAGUCAUCUGUAUCGGAGGAUAACUAG